CCAGCCAGUUUCGCUCGAUUUUCGUGGCGUGUGGACGGUUGUUGUGUGGUACGCUCUAAAAUUCCACGGUCUCAUCCUUUGUCCAGGAAAAACUGAGUUCGUGGAAGGAUUUAGUUAUUAUUUACAAUUAAAAACUUGUUCUCAAAUUAAUAAAUAACUCGUGAAAUUGUCCGGUGCGUGUGAUUUUUACCUUCGGUGUUAUGAGUGAUUCCCGCAUAGUCGUUCGAGCAUGAAUAAUAAAGAAGUAGCCGGUGAUAGCGUCGCGUGUCCACCGGGAGAGGGCUGGUGAUCGGGCGGAGUGUUGCUGGGCCUGGCAGCGGGUGAUGCUGCUGAGUGAGCGGUGACGGCUCGCCGCGGCGCGGUUGGAUGGCGGCUGUCAGCGGCCCCGCGCGGCACUCUCGCGUCUCCAUGAGCGUGUCUAUGUCGCUGAUGCAGGGCGGUACGCAGAGCGCGCCGCAGGGCGCCAUCCUGGCGGCGGCGGCGCCCUACUAUCAGACGCCGGCCAUCCCCACGGAUGUGCAGCCCGACCGCCCCAUUGGCUACGGCGCCUUCGGAGUCGUUUGGGCAGUGACGGACCCGCGCGAUGGCCGGCGCGUGGCCCUGAAGAAGCUGCCUAACGUGUUCCAAUCGCUGGUCUCCUCCAAGCGCGUCUUCCGCGAGCUCAAGAUGCUGUGCUUCUUCAAACACGAAAACGUACUAUCGGCGUUAGACAUCCUUCAGCCUCCAAGCCUUGACUUCUUCCAGGAAAUAUAUGUGAUAACAGAACUACUACAGAGCGACCUGCACAAAAUCAUCGUGUCGCCGCAACAUCUCUCCGCAGACCACAUCAAAGUCUUCCUCUACCAGAUACUUAGGGGGUUGAAGUACCUGCACUCGGCGCGCAUCCUGCACCGAGACAUCAAGCCUGGCAACCUGCUGGUCAACAGCAACUGUGUGCUCAAGAUCUGCGACUUCGGCCUGGCCAGGGUCGAGGAGCCAGACGCCAACAAGAACAUGACACAGGAGGUUGUCACGCAGUACUACAGGGCACCGGAGAUCCUGAUGGGAGCGAACCACUACACGGCGGCAGUGGACGUGUGGUCAGUAGGCUGCAUUUUCGGAGAGCUGCUUGGCAGGAGGAUCCUCUUCCAAGCGCAGAGUCCAGUACAACAGUUGGAGUUAAUAACGGAGCUGCUGGGCACGCCGUCGCUGGAGGACAUGCGGCACGCGUGCGCCGGCGCGCGCGCGCACAUGCUGCGCCGCGCGCCGCGCCCGCCCGCGCUCGCCGCGCUCUACACGCUCUCCGUGCAGGCCACGCACGAGGCCGUGCAUCUGCUGGCGCAGAUGUUGGUAUUCGACCCGGCGAAACGCAUUUCGGUGGUCGAUGCUCUAGCGCACCCGUACUUAGAGGAAGGCCGCCUGCGCUACCACUCGUGUAUGUGCAAGUGCUGCUACAGCGCGCCGCCGGCCGCCAGGCAUUACUCGCCCGACCUCGAACCCGUGGCCCCGCAUCCCUUCCACGACGGCUGGGAAAGGAAACUCAGCUCCGUGCACCAGGUCAAAGAGGAGAUCCACAAGUUCAUAGCGGAGCAGCUUCAGACGUCGCGGGUCCCUCUGUGCAUCAACCCGCAGUCGGCCGCGUUCAAGAGCUUCGCAAGCUCUAGAGCGGGUUCGAAAGCAAAAGUUUGUUCCCCUUUCAAGACGGCGGCAAAAAUACUACUGCUAUCGCCCGUGAUAUUUCUGUGCGCGGCAUAGUGCGCCACAGCCCCACUCGUCAGUGGCCCACCCGUCCGAGUUGCCGCCGUCGCCGCAUCAGUGGGAAUGACGCGAGUGCCGGCGCGGCUUCGACAAGCGACGCGCGGUCUACUCCGACUCACGAUGAAUCUACGCUUGCAGACGCCGCCGCCGCACGCAUUUAGGUGUAAUGGUGUCAUAGCGCGACGCAUACUGGUGCAUUUUGUAUUAAAAUCUAAGAAUUAUCGUUUUUUUUUAAACUUGGAUGUUAAAAUGUCAAAGUAUAACUGCUCAGUAUUGUAAAAGAGCUAUUAAAUUUGUUUUGACUGUAGUUGGAUUCAUAUUUGCAAGAUAAUUGACAACCUAAGAGUCAGCUUUUAUUAACCACUUGUGCUGCUCCGCUGUGGGUUUAAUAUUGAAUGAUUUUCACCGAUGCACCACUGUGCGCCGGCGCAACAUCCACAUAAACAUCGCUCGAAACUUUCAUAUUUUAUAAUGUAUUUGUGCGUUAAUUAUUUCAUCACGUAAUUUUUUAAGUUCUAACUGUAAUGUGACAAAUUCAUAAUUUGAAUGUAAAUACUGUAAUAGAGGCAAUGAUUUUUCAAGAAAAAGUAUAAUAUGUUAAAUAAUUGGUGUAGUUUUCUAUUGACAUGAUGAUAAUAAUACAUUUUACUUAAAUUGAUGUGAGAGUCGGAAAUAAUUAGCUAUUUUGACUCGUUAUUUUUCAAAUUGUAUAAAAUAUACCGAACCAUACCUCAUUGCGAUAAUAAUGUAGAAAUUGUAUAAUCGAUUUGUGUAAGCGUUGCGACGAGCAUUUUGUGAAGACUGUAUGUACUUUAUAUAAAUGUAGUUUGUAUAUCACUGUGUGCAUUUAGUUGUGUUCUUUACGAAGUGAUCGCUGCAACGUCGUUUUAUCCUGGAUGUGAGCAAGGCAGCUUAACGCUACGUGUGGCGCCACUACCAAAUAUUUUUGUCCUAUACGUUUGAUAGCGUAGCGCGUAGAUGUGACUAGUUUGACAUAGUCGGUUCGGUUCGUUGUAAAUAUAGAUUAUAGACCGAAAAAGGACACAGAAAGGGAAGUUGUUACGGACAACAAUUUUAUACAACGAAAAUUGAAGUCGCAAAUGUGACUGGUUUUGUACGGAAAGAUGAAAAGGUCGGAGACAGUAGGAAUAUGAAAGCUGCUCAGCUUUAAAAGUAAAGGAGACGUGACGACGCGACUAAAUAGUCGCCAGUUUAUAAAGUAAAUUAGAAUGUUAAAUGUGAAGCUAGAACAUGUGGUUCAUCAUACAAAUGAAAACUUUCCCAUGCAAUCUAAGCUAAAUAAAAAAAAACAUACAAGCGCCGAACAUGCCAUUUUUAUAAGCAUGAAAAAGAGAUAAGCUUUAUAUAGGAUUAGGCUAUUUCAUUUAUCUUCGCGAUUCCAAAUAAUAUGUAACAUUUAAUAUGUGAUGUAGUAGGUUUCGAUGUGAAUUGUGUCAUGUAUGUGGACCUUACAAGCAAUUGAAAUUGCAAUAUGAUUGAUACGACAUAGUGUUGGUUUUUAUUUUAUACGAUGGACUUAUAAUUAAUUUAGUAUGUGUUCUGUAUUAAAGACGGGCGCGCGGUCGCGGGCUGUGACGUCACGCGCCCGCGCCCGCGACUCGCGCCCCCUCUGUAUCAUAGUUAUUGUUAAGCUUACUCCUAAACACCAUUGUAUGUAACAUCGACUGAACAAUUUUACGUAGUUAGGAUAGAUAGUAUUAGAAAUAUUCAAAACUUAAAUUUACUGAUACACGGCGAUGGUAUAAAUAGCAAAUUUAUAAUAAUAUGAGUAAUUUUCACGUACUAUCAUUGCAGUAGUGAGAUAAUGUAUAGCGAAGUGUUGUAAAUGUAAUGGAUACAUGUGUAUUUCAAGCAUUUAUAGUUAUAUUAGAGGUUUGAAAUAAGUAUACUGGAGUGUUAGUGUGAGUGAUAAGGAUUAUUUUUAUCGAAGAUGAUAAUUUUUCGUACUGUUCCAAAAUUGAUGUUUCUUUGUGUUAAAGUAGGUUCGGACUAUGUAUCGUCGCGCUGAACAUAUUACUAGAAUAGAGAGACUUCGUGUGAGUGUUAAGAGACGUCGUAGCCUUAAAACUAGUUCAAAACUAUAUAAAAUAUAAAAAAUAAAGAUGUAAAUAAAUAAAACCGUACCUAGUAUUAAUGUUAGGCUUUAGUAACGGUUUGGGAAGUAAGCCGAUGUAGAAUACCCACACACGUAGUUAGGCCUCUCCGACGGACCAUUUGAUGACAAAUCUUUGUUCUCUAUUACCAUUGUAACAUAGAUAAUUCUUAAAAGUUUGUACUACCACUAAGUUUAUUCUAAUUCAGUAAUUGAUGAAUAUCUUAGUUUAAAAGUCAAUGAAUGGUCCUGACGAGAAGGCUUCGAUGGUACAAAGGAGGUGGCCCGCGUCCAUUCCCGAUUCCCUCUGCGAAUACGGUUAUAGAAGAAAAGUCGAGAAUACUACCACGGAGUAACUAAUACCAUGAAGGACAUAAGGGCGCUCUACCUAAAACGCGCGCAAAUGGAGCGCCGUACUAACUGUCAAAGUAUUCAUAAUGUUACGAUACAGCGUCACUAGAUGGCACUUAUUUCUAUAUAUGAGCUAAACGAUUGGCGACCUCUAGUUACUCCAUAGCGAAGCAGAGUAAUAAUAAACUACCGUCCCUAUCCAUACUACAAUAAAAGAGCGUUGGUAAUAAAUCUAAAAUGUAUGUAUACGUAAUGACAUUAUAAAAUUGUCAUAUUUGACCGUGUUUGUAGGGCGAGUGGCGGAGUGUGCCGGGCCGCAGAUACCCACCUUGCCUUAUCUCAUAUAACUGUCACUGUGAUCCGUUAGGCGUAAUUAUUGGAGUCAUACAACACACCCGCAUCCAUUCUCUGUCAUGUACAUAUAGCAGGGUAACACGUUAAUUUCAAGUUGGCUUGCGAUUCGCUUACCUCACCGCUGGGCGAGGGCACCUAACACAUUCGAAAACUAGGCGAUUGGAUGUUUGUAAAUAGAGUUGUAACGUAGAAUACAUACUAUUGGGAACAUAAGGAGAGUAGAUUUCAGACACGCGUUCGAUGUCGUAGCGUUUAUAGGCCGCACUGAAUCCCAACUGAAAGUGUCCCGGCCGCUAGCACGCUUCUUAUAUUAUCUAUUUUAAAUGUACGUAUUGCGUUUCCAGACUUUCAGAGAUCUCGUAUAUUUUAAGUUUUAAGUACACGACUGUUCAUUUACACACAGGUGAUCUUUAGUAUUUAGGACAUCACGUUUGUAACUCGUUUGUCUACGGUCAGUCACAGCUUUUAUACUAUUGUUUGUAGAUUAGCAGUUGCACUCGAAUGCUUUCACGGAGGCACGUCGUGUAAGGAAUUACUCCUAUUUUUUUUUCUUGUAAAUAUUAGUAGUAGAGUUAUGGGACUUAAGAUGCCUCUGAUUUUAGUUUGUGUUCAAUAACCUAUCCACUUUAGUUUUGUACUCUAAUUACAUGUCAUAUAAUUAUAAAAAGUAAAAAAAAAAUACAAAAUAUGAAAUACAUAAUUUGUUUUCUGAUAUACUAUGUCUAUGAUAAAUUUUGUUUUAAUUAACCAGUCGUCAUGUAAAUAGUAGAUAUUUCGUGCACUGAUAGUCGUUUUUAAGUUACUCUUAAUUUUUAAGUAUUGAUAUCAAAUGGCUGUAUUGAUUCUCGUUUUAACGAAGCCGAAGACACGACAUUCACUAUAAGACUAGCUGGAUUGUUUGCUUUGCGUUAAACUGUCGACUUUUCCUAUGUAUAGUUGGAUUUAGUUAAUUUUCACAUGACGGAUUCGACAAGUUUGUGAUUACGUUUGUCAGGAUGAUACGGAGAGCCAAGACAGGAUGUAAAUGUAAAUAUACUUGAUAGUAUCUGUCGCGUACGGAGUUAGUUGCAUUUUACCAUUGUUGCGAACUGCCAAAACUAUUGUAAAAAUUUUGUAGCGUUAUGUACGACGCGACCACAUGGUGAAGGUACAAUCUGUCGGAUAUGCCCUUCAUACAAGGCUGAAUAACAACAUUAUUACUUUUCCUAGAUUUCAUAGAACAAGAUAUUUGUAUCAUAAAUAAUACAGUGUACCGCACAGGUAACGAAGGAGCUAUGUUGUUAUCUAGCCUGGCGAGAUUCCCAUACUUGUGACCUUAGGUGGACAGUUUGUAAUCUUACUUGUGUAGUUGGUUGUACGUAGGCGCGACGUCGCGGAGUAGAGCUACCGCGCGCUCGCGACACUUGUAACAAUAAAACUACUGCAUAAUUAUA